UCCUGAUGGUCACAAACUGGCGCGUACAAUGAAACUUAAUUCUCACUACAUGGACCUGUGUUAUCGUAGAUUGCCGGCGGGUUAAAAGUAGGUGUGAUAGGUCACGAUCAAAAUAUAUGAGAGAUUUUUUUCCUGGUAGUUAGAGAAGAUGUGGCCUAUCUCAAAUGGAGAUACCUGGGCUAGCUGGGCUAGCUAGUUUGUAGAGUCAAAACAGAUUAUGGUUUGGCAAAAUGUGACAUGAACGCGUCUCAUUUGAGUUUUUAUUUAUUAAAAUUAGGAUUCACACAAUUAGGAACCUCGAGUUUGAAAAAAAGACGAUAUCCGACCCAGCUCCCAGUUAGCUAUCUUAGCUGAAUUCGAAAUGAAUCACGUACGUAGACGGAAGCAGGGAAACGGCAAGACCGCACAGUCUCGGUCUAAAUGGGGCAAGAAUGAAGAGGACGAAGGCCAGCCGAGAGGCAGUGCCCCCUGUCCUGUCUACGGGCUCGUCUCCGUCUCCCCGGAAAACGGCUCCGAUCCGUUUAAAGGAGAGGUUAACGCCGAAAACACUACAUCGUCGAGGCGAUCUGGAAAGAGUAAAGGGUGUAGUCAAGCACUCUACGCCAGCUCUGAGAACGAAGGUGUGGUACAGAAUACAAUAUUUGGCCUGUCAUCAGAAGAUGAAACUGAGAAGACCCUGGUCAUCACAGUUGAUGGUGAGCAAAGCUGCAAUAAACAAAUUGGCAGAAGAAAAGGAGGUGUGAAAAGGAAGAGAGAGAUGAGCGGGGACUUAACUGAAGUAGGUCUGCAACAACAACAGCAGCAGGAGGAGGAGGAUGAAGAUAUCCAGGCAGAGGUGGAGAUUGACCGAGAGCUGGACAGAGAGCUUGAGAACAAAUCUCGGCAGCACAAGCUGACCUCUGCCAACGUGCGCAGCAUUUUACACGAGGUGAUCACCAAUGAACAUGUGGUAGCCAUGAUGAAGGCAGCCAUCAAUGACACUCAGCCCGUUCCACUGUUUGAGCCUAAGAUGACGCGCUCUAAACUGAAGGAGGUGGUAGAGAAAGGAGUGGUCAUUCCUACUUGGAAUAUUUCACCAAUUAAGAAGCCAAGCACAACGAAGGGUCCCCAGUUUGUGGACAUUCCUUUAGAAGAAGAAGACUCAUCAGAUGAAGAGUAUUGCCCUGAUGAAGAGGAAGAUGAUGAGACUGCAGAGGAUACACUUCUGGAAAGUGAUUUGGAGAGCACAGCAUCUUCCCCAAGGGGUAUGCGGUUAAGCCUUAACAAAUCCUUUACUGAACAUGCCCGGGAGAACAGCUGCAGCCCCAGACAGACUUUGCGCAGGGCCAGACACCUGCAGGUGGAGGUGAUGCCCAUGGGGCCCCCACCACCCCCUCAGGGCCCGGAGCCGGCAGGACCCAGCAAAGAGUGCAGCUUCAUGGAGAAACUCCACGCAGUGGAUGAGGAGCUGGCCAUCGGCUCUGACUGUAUGCACUCCUACCAGUCUCUUGGCAAUGAUGGCGAAGAGAGUCUGAUGGCUUUUCGCACUCGAUCCAAACGACCACUCAGAGACGUUCCCCUGGGUCGUCUGGAGGCGGAGCUCCGAGCUCCUGACAUCACGCCAGACAUGUACGAGCACGGCUCCACCCUGGAGGAUCGGGAGUGGACACAGUGGCUCCAGGGCCUCAUGAGCUCCGAAAUGGAGAAUGAAGAGGAGGCCGAUGACGAAGAUGACCCCGAGUACAACUUUUUGGCCGACAUUGACGAGCCGGACGUGGAAGACUACCGGAACGACAAAGCCGUGCGCAUCACCAAGAAGGAAGUGAAUGACCUGAUGGAGGAGCUCUUUGAUGCAUUUCAGGAUGAGUUGGGGGGACAGGAUGAAGAAGGCCAUGAGGAAGAGGAGGACAAGGAAGAAGAAUAUGUUCCCCAGCAGCAACCACCUAGUGUUCUAGAAACAAUUCAGUAUGAGGAUCCUUUGGCCGACAUCCUGAACCAGCGCUACAGCACAGUGAGAGAGCAGCUGGCAGCUCUCCGCAAAAGGAAGGCCCUGCUGGAGAGCAAGGGUGUGCCCUUACCCCCGCCACGCCCUAAACGUCCCUCAAGCCCCACCUCCCCUCUGUUCCUCAGCCCUGCCCAGAAGCUCCGUCUACAGCAGCACGUUCAGCAGCAUGUGCAGCUCCUGACACAGGUGAGCAUGCUGAGCAGACGAGUGGAGGGCUUGCAGACGGAGGCAUGCACCACCCGACAGUUCCUGUCAGAGCUGCAGUUGUUUGCCCAUCGUGGAGAAGAGGCCUGGCGUGGGAUAGAGCCUGGGUUUGUCAGCAUCUUCCGAGCAUGUAACCUGGAGCCUGCUCUCAUGCUGCUCCAGGAUCUGGACCACGCUCCUGACCCUCAGACCCCUGGGCCACUGUUCCCAGGGUCCCAGAUUGCGGCUGAUUUGGCUUGGUUGCUGGGGACGCGGCCUGUCUUCCUCUACCCGGAGUUGCUGCCGCAUGUCGACCUUCGCCCUUUCCAUUAUAAGGGCCCCUUCACUUCAGCAGAGAACUGCCUGGUGGUACUGGGUCAUCAGCACUUAAAGGGAACUGUACACCCACUCAAACUGGCCUGUCAGUACCUGCUCGCGGCUCGUAACUUCAUCUGUUUGAGAACCCACGUUCGCUCUGCAUGUCAGAAACAGAGUCCCAAUAUAUUAAAGAAAUAUUUUAUAGAAGGGAAAUGUCCCCCCAUGCCGCUGGCCUGUCUGUCGGUCAGUCCCAGUGACCAGCGCCCCCCAGUGGCGAGACACAAGCGCCUCAUGCCCUGGUGGCUUAGGCAAAACCUUAAACUGAUUCACGAAGAAGUGAGAAAAUAUAACCAGCCUUUUGCCGACUUUCAACCUGCCAGUCCUGAAGGAAGCGGCGUCUCCACAGAGGUCACCCCUGCCUCCGUCUCUGCUGCUCCCGAUCCCACAGUCACCCCGCCCUACAUCUUCCCCCCGAGUACCCGUUACCCCCCCCGCCUUCCCGAGGCCCUAGACCUGAAGCCUCAGCCUCUGCCUCCUCCUGCUGGUUCCUGCAGGAGAAAAGCACCUCUUGAACUCCACAUGCAGCCUUCCACUCAGCCUUCCAAACCUCUGCCGCCAGCUAAGGGCCUGGAGGAAGCCCUCCGUCGACUGACGCCCAUUUUGCCAAAGCCUGGUUGUCCUUCGGCCCAGAACCCCAUUCCCAUACCUCAGCCUGAGCCACUGACCCUUCACCUCAAUGCCCAUUCAAACAGGCAACAAAUCAGCUCUGCCUCCUCUGGAACUGCAGCCGUUAGUGCUGCAAAUCCCCAAGUGGCACUGCCUGACAUUACAAACGCAGCAGAUCUAAACAGAGCAAAACUCAUUGUGACUUUGCCGGCAGCUUCGCUGGGCCCAGGCCAGAACCUGCCGUCUCUAGGGGCCGUAGCUGUGAAUCCUGCAGAAGAUACGCACAUCAUAGUCCCCAAUGCUGCAAAAGUAGCUCCAGCUAGCCCAGGCCAAGGGAACAUAGUCAUCACCUUACCUGCUGCUCCAGUGGCCACUGCCUUUAUAUGCCCCUCCCCUGCUGCUAAACAAGUGGCCCAAAGAGCUUCAGCCUUCGCUUCAUUGGCUAAGGACCACAUGAGUGAGUGCUGUGGCACCCUACUCAAAGUGAGCAUGGGGCCAAGACUCCCUCUAGGCCUGCCUUCUCCUGAGACUCUGUCUCAUAACACUCUGCAUUCAUUACUCCUGCUGACUCCAGGCUGUAUCGUGACAGAGAGUGGGAGCUGUCAGAGCACUUGUUUGAACCCUGUACCAGUUAUAGAUCACAGCCAGAAACAUUUAUCCCAGCAGACAGUAAGAAUGGAAGGAUUUAUACAGAGCUGUUUGGGAAACAUUUACAAGAGUAAGGCAGUUCCAGUGGACAGAACCUCAAACAGACCUCCUAUUGGUUACAAGGAAGGCCAUUUUAAAGCAAAUGACAAUUUUCAAGAAAUCACAGAAGUACAAGAGUUGGACAUGGAUGAGGUGAUUGUUACCGAGGACGAGCAGGAGUAUGUUGGAGAGGAAGAUUUUAGAAGGCCCUUCCUCACCUUAUCGGAGUCCUCGGGAAGCCCUGUGUCUGCUGUGGCCGGGGAAGAUGAUACUAUGCAGCCAGCGAUUAACGUGCGAGAGGAGGAUGAAGGAGAAAGGAGUCAAAGAGCAUGUGUAAUGUCUGUGCCAGAGCUUCAGGACACAAAGAAACGGUCAAGGGUGACAUCGGAGCCGGAGGCUGACAAAAAGUGUCUGUUGGGUGAAGGCAAAUCAGAAGCGCACAUGUCAGCAGGAGGGCGUGCGGAGCGCCUGCAUUCUGCACUUCUCUGUGAUGACUUAUCUGAUGAUGACCCUCGCAGAGAUGUAAAAGAUGUUGCCUUUGCCCAAGCCUACCUAGAAAAGGUGUGCGAGGCAGUGCAGGUGGUGCCGGGGAAGGUGGAGGAGUUCCUGGGUGUCCUGUACGAGUUUGAGCAGGACCCCGAGGGCAGAACAUCAGUGGAUCUCUACGUGAGGCUCAGAUCUGUUUUGGGCGAAUGGCCAGAACUGCUCAGAGACUUUGCUGCGUUCCUGCACCCGGAGCAGGCCCAGGAGUGCGGCCUACUUGCUGAGCAGCAGGCGUUUGAGAGGAGUCGGAGGUUCCUGCGACAGUUGGAGCUGAGCUUCGGCGAGCACUCGCCCCACUACAGGAGGGUGGUGCGCACGCUCCAGCAGGGCCCGUGUAAAAGCCGGGCUGGCUCAGAAGAGAUGAAGGCGCAAAUCGCCAUGCUGCUCCGAGAACACGUCCACCUGCUUGAGGAGUACUGGGUGUUUUUUGAGCGGCUCCACCCAGCUAAGCAUCGUCGGUCUGAGGAGGAGGAGAUGGAGUGUGACAAUGUUGAUGGUGUGUGUAGUGUUCAGACUGUACACAGAGUAGAGGGAAGCCAGCUACUUCAGCACAUGGGAGCCAUCUCUCCAGAGAUGAGGGCAGAAACUCCCCAACAUCAGACUCAUUCCAAGAGUGUCGACUCGGCAAAGCUUGCUGGGGAGAGCCGGAGUACCAACCCAGAGACAGAAGAUGAGACCAAGAAAGAGGCAGGGCGUGCUUUCUGUGCCAGGAACAGUUCACGCAUGCCAAGUGGGGAAAAGGUUGUGCUCUGGACAAGAGAAGCAGAUCGAGUGAUACUCACCACCUGUCAGCAGAGAGGAGCCAAUCAAAGCACCUUCAGGUCUAUCGCUGCUCAGCUGGGUCAUAAAACAGCCACUGAGGUUGGUUCACGCUACCAGGACCUCAUACGGCUCUUCCACGAAUCCUCCAGACAGCAUCAUGCUGGCGGCUCAGACACAGAGGUCCAGCCCAGUCCUAGGGAAGAGGAACCCAGCUGAUUAAACACAAACCUGCCAUCCCAGCUUUUUUUUUCAUCGAACAUCAGUGUUCAGAUGGAGGAAGCUUUAGAAUGGUCUGGGCCAAUAUUGCUGUUACUUCUGCCCUAGAAAGGUUCAGUGUACUUAGCUUAGACUUUUUGGGCAUUGUGAAUGGUGAAGAACGGGAAAGGAACUAAAUCAGCUCUCAGUUAUCAUUUUCAUGCCUAGUGUCGUGGGCAGCCUCAUCGCUCCUCAGAGAAGGUGGACUGGUUUGACUGGAAAAAAAGCACAGAAGGAAACCUCAGUCAGUCAUAUCAAAUUAAUAUUAUAUAUAUUUUAGGAUACUCAUUUGUAGCUGGAGAACUCCAAAAAAUGGCUAUCCAACAGUCCCACUGAGCAGAGCAACCCAGUGUUUAGAAUUGUUGGUGGACAUUAGGUUCGGCUGCUCUGUGCUGCAAGAUCCGGCGUUGGAAGCAGUGGGAGUGUCUGUUUAAAGUGGAGAAAACACAAAAGGUUUACCUCUGUGAAAGAAUGACAACUGUGAAUGUUUUUUAUAAGAAGUACUUGAACAAAAAGACUGAAAUGUCAUGCAUAUGUGUCUGGUUGAAAUCCUAUUUAUGAGAGAUAUUUGUUUACUGAAUGAUCUAAGAUAUAUCCUUGAGCAUAAACUCACCAAUGUACUGGAGAAAGAACUGAAGCAUAAAAUGUGCCUUAUUUAUUUUGCAAUGAUGUUGAUCAUAAGGUGAGCAGAGUGCAUCCAGUGUUCUCUAGACCACUGUACGUGUACUCUUCAGGAAGAGUGGAGAAUGUCUUUACAUUGGUCAUAUUGAUGAAAGAAUACACUAAAGUUUUACAAAAUAGACUAUAUCAGGUUAUGCACAUGAAUCUAUGUAAAUAGCCGUUGUUAAUUAAAUAUGACCAUAUGU